ACUGAAAUAGACUCACCCUGUCCUUAAUUGAUUUCUCCUCUGACCAAAAACCCUAAUAAACGAGAGCCUAGGCAAAACCCCUAAUAAAAGAGAGCCUAGGCAAAAACCCUAAACCCUGUUCCCUUUUUAGAAACCCUGCAGAUUCCACAACACCCUAAACCCUUAAGGUAAUCAUGAAGACCGUCACUGGCAAAAUCGUAUCUUCGACUCCAGUUCCCAUCUACAAAGCCGCCUCUAUCAUCUCCAAUUUCGCCUCUUCAGAGACUGGCGCCUCCCAGGCUGUCAGCGCAUACCUUCGACGCGCCACCGCUGCCUUCGAUGAGUUAGCUCGCCUGCAUCCAAAACCCGAUCGCAAAAAACACAAGAAACGCAGAAAACACAGAUGGGAUGCUACUGUUACUGUUACUAAUGAAAUACCGGCUGUAAGUGAGGGUCCAAGUCAUAGGUGAUCGGAGGAAAGUAUGCAGUGAAGGAACGAGAGAAAAAAAGAAGUUAAUGCUUGUUUCAUCAAUUUCAGUAUGUGGGUUUGUCCUAAUUUCCAAAGUAACGUUUUUAUUUGGAAAUUGUUCGCAAGCUUUUAAGGAAAGAUAAUUAAUGGUAGAGAAAUUGUUUCAUCAAACUUGUAUAUUGAUUUUUAGUGGCUUGAGUUUCUUUGCAGUCUUGUUCUUAUAUAUUUGUAUGAGAUGCAGAGAUAUGAAUGGUACUAUGCUCUUUUGUCA